CGUGGAAAUGAAGCCGCGUAGGUUUGAACGAGCGUUCGCCGUUCGGCGCUCAGUCUUCAGUCUUCAGUCGCGUGUUGAUAACAACCGUUGAGGAUGGCUGUGGAACACAAACUCCAACGCAUUUCGGAUAUUGCCGACCUCAGGAUAUCUGAAGAUGAAGUUGCCGAGGUGCAAGAAGAAAUCGACCUGAUUUUCGAACCAAACACAGAUCCAUUGGACAUUUCCAAAGAGCUGAGAGUGAGAGCGGAAGAAGAGCUGAGAGAAACAAGCGAGAAAAUGAGAGAGAACCUGAUUACGUUGAGACAAAUGGUACUUGCUGAAAAGAAUUUACACGCUCGAACGGACGACAUAUUUUUGGAGCCGACAACUUUCCUUAGUGUGAUAGGUGUCAUAUGCUAUUCCAACCGUUUAAGGCUCAAGAACUACUACCAAUUCAAAGCAAGUUACCCACAUUUCUACACAUACACAACACCUUCGGAAAACAGUUACCUCUACGAUAUGGCGCACUUCAGUAGUUUGCCAGGCGUCGAUCGGAAAGGACGUCGUAUGUGCGCUCUUUUUGCAGCUAGAAUGGACCUGGACAAAUCGCCACUGGACGAGACAUUCCAACUGGGCACGACUGUGUUUGAGAUCAUGCUGCAGGACCCACAUCUGCAAAUCACCGGAACAGUCGCUAUUCUCGAUUUGAAAGAUCUCACGCUCUACCAGCAAGCAAGGCUGGCCACUCCCACUUGUGCCUGGCAUUUAGCUAACAUUGUUCAGGAUAAAAUUCCUCUGAGGUUAAAAGCAGUGCAUGUGGUGAAUCAACCAUUCUACUUCAACGCUAUUUAUGCAGUUUUCAAGCCAUUCCUGAAAAAGAAACUUCGUAAGAGGAUAUUCCUCCACGGAACCGACUUCGACUCGCUACACAAGCACGUUGACCCCGAGGGACUGCCAGCCGAAUGGAACGGCAAGAGAGGACCUUUCACUAACAGAGCCACCAGAGCAAUUAUUAAAAUGAAUGAGCAUAAAUUCAAAGAAUGGAAACAGUUCACGUACAGAGAAGAGAAUUGAAUCAGAACUAGCUCAAAUUCUGUCAAGACUUAUUCGAUUGACCAAAAUAGAACUUUUCGAGCCAAUCUCAAGAUAUUA